UCUGUCUGCUCUAGGCGGAGCUGAAGUUACCGAGAGCGGCCGCGGGAGCUCGACACGAUCCGCGGGGCGAUAAACAUCUACACCUGGAGAAAAGCGAUAAUUUACCCCAUCCGUGCCUGACCAGCAUACAGUUUACCGACCAUCAUCGACCGAUACUUUCACUGCGCGGUUUAUUACAGGCCUCUCUGUCUCUGGAUCAGACUCAAUGUCGCUCCUGUACGGCCGCUUGAUCCGACCGAUGGGCUCGACGCCUGCAGUAACCCUACCUCUUUUCAAAGACAUUGCUUCAGUUUUCACAAAGGAAUAAGAAUGAGAUAAAUCCGUAAAUGUUGGACAUGUCGUUAGCUCGCGAAGCUAAACAUCGACAGAAGCAGACUGACGUGAACAGAACUGACCUGACCCAUAUUGAGAUACCGCACGGUCAUCUAAACCAGAACUAACUAGAUCCGUACUCAGUCUGCUUUUAUAAGUACCGACAAAAACUCAGAAGCGAUAAUCGCACGUGUUGGGCAUGUUUAGAUAUCGUAAUAUCUGAAGAAGGUAGAGAAACGCUGAAGAAAUGCGAGCUAGCAGAUCAUAUAGUACUGCACGAAUCGGUCAAACUCCGACCCAGCAUGGGAAAAAUGCGUAUAUAAUCUAUUAAUCAAUGCAUAUACACAAUCCAAUGGGUAUCUAAAAGUCAUGCAUUGCCUCCAAACAUUAAUUUGCACGUCUCAUUGCGGACUAUUCCCUCCGAGCACAUGAGCUUGGACUUCAUUUGAAAGGAGAGGCUAAAAGGCAAAUCUGCUGGAACUUUUUUGGAGCUCAAUUUUGGAGGUGAACCCGUACAGAAGCCUAAGAACCAUCAUCAGUAUGAGAGUGCUGGUCCUGAACCGAGCAUCAGUGCUCUCACUGGGGCUGUGCUCAAUGCUUCUGCUAAGUGCUGUGGCUGCUGCUCAGAGUGAGGAGAGAGAGAGGGAGUGUGCGUUUAAUGACCAGCACCAGCAGGUGGAUGAACAGAGUGUGGCUGGUGACUGGCACAUCACCAGAGAAAACAACACCAUCCUGUGCAGCAAGAGCAGCCGCUGCUAUGGCCUCUGGGAGAAAACGCAUGAUGGAGAGAUCCGCCUCGUCAAACAAGGCUGUUGGACUUACAUUGGCGACCAGCAGGACUGCCAUGAUGACCGUUGCGUGGUUACCACCACGCCGUCGCAGAUCCAGAAUGGCACCUACCGAUUCUGCUGCUGCAGCACCAACAUGUGCAAUGUUAACUUCACGGAGAACUGGGUGCCCAGUCCCACCAGCACCACCACCCAAGACCAGCAGCCUCUACAUAGAGAUGAAGCCAUCUUCAUCGCCCUGGCAUCUGUCUCCAUAGUAGCGGUCUUGAUUGUGGCCCUGUUCUUUGGCUAUCGCAUGAUGAUGGGUGAGUGUAAACAGGGCCUGCAAAAUAUGGAUAUGAUAGAGGCAGCGCCGUCAGAACCAUCUCUGGAUUUAGACAGUUUAAAGCUCCUGGAGCUGAUUGGUCGAGGGCGCUACGGUUCUGUCUACAAGGGCUCACUUGACGAACGAACCAUUGCUGUAAAAGUUUUUACAUAUGCCAACAGACAAAACUUUGUAAAUGAGCGCUCCAUCUACCGAAUCCCUCUUUUGGAGCAUGAAAACAUUGCUCGCUUUAUUGUUGGCGAUGAGCGUCUCACAGCAGAUGGGCGGAUGGAAUACCUGCUGGUCAUGGAGUACUAUCCUCAUGGGUCUCUGUGUCGGUACCUGAGUCUGCACACGUUGGACUGGGUGAACUGCUGUCGUCUGUCACAUUCAAUCACGAGAGGACUGGCCUAUCUGCACACUGAGCUCCUAAGAGGGGAUUUAUAUAAACCUGCUGUGUCACACCGGGAUCUAAACAGCCGUAAUGUUCUUGUGAAGAAUGAUGGCACAUGUGUGAUCAGUGACUUCGGUCUAUCCAUGAAGCUGACGGGAAAUCGUCUCGUUCGGGCUGGUGAAGAGGAGAACGCCGCCAUCAGUGAGGUUGGCACUAUCCGCUACAUGGCCCCGGAAGUGCUGGAAGGAGCGGUGAACCUCAGGGACUGCGAGUCGGCUUUGAAGCAAGUGGACAUGUAUGCAAUCGGCCUCAUCUACUGGGAGACCUUUAUGCGCUGCACUGACCUUUUUCCAGGGGAGACCAUGCCAGAAUACCAGAUGGCCUUCCAAGCCGAGGCGGGGAACCACCCCUCCUUUGAGGACAUGCAGGUACUGGUGUCCAGAGAGAAACAGAGGCCCAAGUUCCCAGAGGCCUGGAAGGAGAACAGCCUGGCUGUGCGCUCUCUUAAGGAGACUAUGGAGGAUUGCUGGGAUCAGGACGCAGAGGCUCGUCUGACAGCACAGUGUGCAGAGGAGCGUAUGGCAGAACUUCUGCUGAUCUGGGAACGGAACAAACCUGUCAGCCCCACCAUCAACCCCAUGAGCACAGCACUGCAGAACGAGAGGAACCUCACCCACAGUCGCAGGGCUCCCAAAAUGGGCUCUUAUCCAGAUUAUUCUUCAUCCUCUUACAUCGAAGAUCAUGAGGGCGUGGUAAAGAACCUCCCAGGUGAUGUGUCCACCUCUGGCACCUCCUCUGCGGGUGGCAUGGGCAUGAGUGGCUUUAGCAGUGGGGUGGCAGUUCUGGGAGAGAAGAACCGAAACUCUAUAAACUAUGAGAGGCAGCAGGCUCAGGCCCAAGCUCGGCUACCCAGCCCAGAGACCAGUGGCACAAGUCUGUCCACUACAACCACUACGACUGGCCUGACGCCUAGCACCAUCAUGACCACCAUCUCUGAAUCAGGCCACUCGGAAGAUUCAGGAGCUGGGGGGAGUGUACCUGUAUGUCUUCAGCUUACAGAAGAAGACCUGGAGACAACCAAACUCGACCCAAAGGAAGUGGACAAGAAUCUGAAAGAAAGCUCUGAUGAGAACCUGAUGGAGCAUUCGCAAAAGCAAUUCAGUGCUCCAGACCCGCUCAGCUCUGGUAGUUCCAGCCUCCUUUACCCCUUGAUCAAACUUGCUGCAGAAGUUACUGGAGGAUCGGGGGGCGGUGGUCAGGCCGAUUUUGGGGUGGGCGGCAGUGGAAUGGGCGAUGCCCCUACUGCCAUGUUCCCGCUCCCCAAACAGCAGAAUCUCCCCAAACGGCCUACCAGCCUACCGCUCAAUACCAAAAACCCUGGCAGGGAGUCCUCGUCAUCGCGGUUGAAGUUCAGCAAGCACAAGUCCAACCUGAAGCAUGUGGAGACAGGCGUAGCCAAGAUGAACACCGUAGCGGCCAUGGAGCCACACUUGGUCACAGUCACAAACAACGCACCCAGUGUGCGUAGUGGUGUGGCGGUUGUUAAGGGAUAUGGAGGGGGCAACGGCACCAGCUCCUCUGAUGCAUUUGGGAACACAAACCCAGAUGGUCCACAGGGUGAAAGUGGGGCUUCUCUACUCCAGAGUCAGCUAAGUGGAGAAGACAACCGUCUCAACAUCAACUCCAGCCCUGACGAACACGAGCCUCUGCUGAGUAGAGAGCAGCCUGCGGCACGAGAUCACUCCGGCUGCACCAACUCAAAUAACAAUAACAGCAACAUCCACACAACUGCCUCUGGCACUGUGGACUGUUUGUGUGCAUUAGCCCCUGCAGAGGGGCAGAUGGAGACAUUAAAAUGCCCCACAGGGGCACCAGACAGGAGGGAUUGUAUUCCAUCAAGACAGCCUAAACCCAGAAGACCUGAGCGGCCAAACUCUCUGGAUCUGUCAGCAAGUUCCCAGGAUUCGUCUUUUUUGGAUGUGGCCAUGUCACAAGAGGGAAAAGCCGGAUCGGCAGAGAAGAUUAAACGUGUGAAGACACCUUAUUCUUUGAAAAGGUGGCGUCCUUCCACAUGGGUCAUCUCCACUGAUACACUGGAUGGAGAGGUAAACAACAAUGGGCACAGCCAUCAAAUGGCAACAGCAGCAGCUGGAGGAGGUCACAGAAGUUCUGGCCAAUUAAAAUCCAGUACCGCUGUGUUCCUGGUCAGUGGAGGAACUACAACUGCCACUCUAACAUCUGACCCACCAGAUAUGACCUGCCUGUGAACUCUCAUCUCCAAUUUUCCUCCGAGAUCAGACUUUUGAUACUGGAGAUUUUGUCUAUGCUGUUGUGCUCCAAAAAAUGGUCCAGCUAAUGAUGGAAGUAGAAAAAAACUGGAAACGUUUUUGGAAAGCAGGCUUUUGAAGGGACAUAAUUUAGCAAGCACUUAACAUUGUGAUAGUGUCGAACUUCAACUAGUUUGUGAAGAAAUCGCUUUAAACUAAACCCAGCUAUGCAGCAACAUUGGCAUAAAAUGCUUCCAUUGUUUGUUUGUUUGUUUUUUGUUCCUUUUUUAAAUCAAGAAUAAUUGUUUUUAUGGCUAUUUGAUAAUUUCUUUUAUUGCACUUUUUUGUAAGUAAUCUUAAUCACGGUUCCUCUGACCAUGCUAAAGACCGGUCUAAAAACGCAAAAUGUUUUAGUUUUUAGUCUUAAUGGUAAUGUGUUGAUUUUACAAUCAUGAUAGAGUGGACAGAAUUGAAAUCAAGUCCAUUUGAAGAUAAAAAGAAAAAAUGGCAGUGGUCUUUAAGACUGGGUUGACUGCAUCGCUAAUACCUUUAACCCACAGUACAUUCAUAUGUUUUGUAUUUGUUGUAUAUAUCUGUGUACUGUGUUUUUUUUUUUCUCAUUUUAAAAUGUGCAAUAGACUUUAGCUUUGAGGUGCUCCAUAAGACAAUUUUAAUUUGCUAUGUAUUUUUGCAGCAUUUGUUUAUUUUCUUUAGUUUAAAAUUUCUGUGGCUGCACUGUGUACAGUCAGCUACCCAGACUGUGUUUUUGAAACAUCGUACAGAUGGCAAUCCCAGACUGUUUAAACAAUCCCAUCAGUCUUGAAAAAGGUAGAUAACAAUUGAGAAAAUAUUGGGGUGUUCAUUUCAUGUACUGUAUGUUCGUAAUAUUGGACAACUUUUACAGAAGAACAGUAGGUGUUUACUCAAGUCAAGCAACAACCGGAACUGUUUGCUGGAACUCGUGUUCUCUGAAGACACUAAAUAAUCAAGUCUCUGCAAAUGCUCUGUGCAGUUUUACCUCUGUGAGUUGUUAAGGAGAGGGUGUAUCUAAAUGUGUAUGCAUGGGUCAAUGUGUGUUUGCAUGAAGCUAGAUGUAUGAAGAGACUUCUCAAUGGAGCUCUUCAGAUCACAGCUGGGUGUGCAAAAGGCAUCAGUCAUGUGAGACUUUCUACUCUGUUAAUACAGUGGACAUUGCUCUGCGUGCUUCAAAUACCAUAUUCCUUGAGCAAACACGUACAUACAUCAUGAACAAAACUUAUACAAUAUGUACAGACUAAAGUUCACUGAUAUUUUAAGUUUGUUGUUAGCCUAUAUUAAAGAUGAGCUCAAGUGACACGUUAGUGUACAAUAAGAAAUCAUGAGUCUACAUCCAUUUUAGCGGUUUCUUUUGUUAACUUUAACCCCCUAAAUCUUUCAUAUAUGUAGUGUCCAGGGCCAGUCUUCAAGCUGCUUAUGGGGUUCACUGUCAUGAAAUCAAAAGUUUAAUAUUGUAAUAAUCACUUAACAUUUUCAUAUUUGAAUGAUACUUUAAUCAAAUACCAUUUUUAGUGGCAGCCUUUUCGGACAUGUGUCAUGUGGUUUUACCCUUUUCCACCCAAUCAUUAACAGUCUGGAAGGGAUUGACACAAAGAAUGCACUUCCAAAACCGUUUUUGUCUAAUUAUUGGUGCCACUUGAAAUAGUAAAUUUUGAGUGCUGCAUCUUCCUUUUUAAAUCUACACUGUAAAUGGAUUUGGCGGUCAGAUAGCAGUCGAUACAUGCACCAUGCAUGAAAUGGGCCUCAUAUUUUACCCCACAAUUGCUGCCUUUACACCUGGUAUGCAUUCUGCAUUGCCAUGGAAAACAAUGGACACGAGCCAUUCAGAUAAUUACAUGAUGAGGAAAGUUCCCUCCUAUAGCAAGGCACUGUAUCCCAAGAAAAAACUGAGAUGGCACGAGUGUGUAAUCAGAGAGUGCAUACCAUGCUUAUACUGUAUUGCAUUUCAGUUAUGUGGUCCAUAAUGAGUGUGGGGAUUAACCAUUUGGAUUUGGAACAAGCCAGCAUUAUCUUUGGACUCGUACACUCCGGAAAAGGAACUUUCAAAAAGUAAUCAGAUUUUGUUCCCCCAUGCUGAAUUUUUUGUCAGCAUAUAAGGGUAUACAGUGUAGUUCUGGUCCUCACUGCCUCUCUCUAAACAAAUCAAUGCUUCAGUCUGAUUUUUGUAUAUGAAUGUAAUAUAGGCUAUCCUCUGUGGUGUAAAUAAACAGUAUCUGUCUAGUGCAUUUGCAUGCACGUAUACAGACUCAUCUGUCGCUUUGGGACCAAGAACAAUGCUAAAUUACUGUGAUGUGUAUCUUCAGAUAAUCACAGUUAUGCCAGACUGUUCUCAACUAUGUAUGUCAAAAGUACAUGCUGUUCAGCUCGAGUCGAAGAGAAGAUAAUGAGCUGAAAUGAGAAAUAAUAACCCAGUGGAUGACAAAGUAAACCUCCAAUGCUAAUUUGAAUGAAAUGAACAAACAUCUGUGAAUUGAAAUGGAAAGAUUUAUGACUAUAAUAGAUGAUUUAGACCAAAGUGCUGAGGCUAGAUUCUGUCUACGUGGUGGAUAAGGCUGAGUCACUGGAAGUGUAGUUUGCUUAGGGGAACCUUCCAAGAGUUAAUGCAAGCGGUUUACACAAGUCAUUGUCCAAUUUACAGCACACUGGAAUACUGAACCAUUUACAGAUACUGCUCUAGAAAAAUGUGUAGACAUAAACCCUACAUGCCUUGUUUAAUGUUUUUUCUUUAAGAAGGCCUUGAUAAUUUGAUUUUUUUAUUUUUUUAUUCUUUUGUUAGGUUGCAGAAGGGUUUUAAAUAAACCAAGAUGUUAGGGUAAUACACAUGCAAACUCUCAAUUCUACAUCAGUUUAAAAAAAAAACUAAAAGUUGUACAAUCUGAAUUCUACAUCUAUAACAACUCUCAAAACCGCAAAAUGACAGUCUAAGCAAAGUAUACACUGUUAACAGCAUGCCCCCUGAAAACAAAUUUACAAGUGUAUUUUGGGUAUGAGUGAAUGAAUGAAUGAAGGGUAUGUUAUGAGGAGCUGCUGUUUGUCUUCUGUUUUAUAUCCAUCAAAUUCAUAUUGAAGCUGAAGCCUCCAGUCAGACCCUGCAUAGAUGGUUAUUUAAAAAAAAAAAAGAAAAUCCACUGACAUGUUUUCUAUUACAGCUUGUAAAGUAAGCACUUUGUGGAAAAUGAACAAAUGAUAGCUCGUGCUUUGUCUAUUCAGAAUUUUUUUUUUUUUAAAUAUAAUUUAGAAAAUAAAGCUUGCUGUACACCGCUGCUUUACUUAGUUGAUGAAAGAUUAUAUUAAUGAAAACCUGUAUAUGAGGUUUGCGGUUAUUUCCACAUGUCUGAAUUAAAAUGUACAAUUUCAAGGAUAAUGUGAUCAACUC